AAAAUAUAGAACAAAAUCCACUAAUACUAAUACAGACAAGAUUAGAUUGCCCGAGAGAUCAGACAAACCCUUGUGGGUGUUGCUUCCAUGUCUUCUCCACCAUCUCCUCCUCUUACAACCACCUUCCCCACUUCCACUUCCACUUGUUAUUAGGGCUUUUCCAUUUGGAGCCCCAGAUCCCUCUCGCGGCCUUGGAGGGAUACUACUGUUUCAAUUUUUAUUUAUACAUAAGCAUAGAUACAUGGGACAGGAUAGUUUCAACCCGCAGAAGAGGGGAUCCGGCGGAGGCGGACUUCCGACGACAACCACGGCCAACGGUAGAGGGGGCCGUGUACUAGGCGGCAUGUCACGUGGAAGGCAGAUCCACAAGACAUUCAACAACAUCAAGAUCACCAUCCUCUGCGGCUUCGUUACCAUCCUCGUCCUCCGUGGCACAAUCGGUGUCGGCAAUCUUGGCAGCUCCGAGGCCGACGCAGUGAACCAGAAUUUAAUCGAGGAGACCAAUCGGUUUCUGGCUGAGAUCAGAUCCGAUGAUGACCAGGAAGAUCCAUCUGAGUCCAAUUUCAACGCAAAUGUUACAUACGCUCUUGGACCGAAGAUCUCCAAUUGGGACCAAGAGCGCAAAGCUUGGCUUGAACAGAACUCGGAGUUCCCGAAUUUCAUCAAUGGCAAAGCUAGGAUCUUGCUCUUGAGUGGGUCGCCUCCGAAACCGUGUGAUAAUGCUAUCGGAGAUCAUUACCUCUUAAAAUCAAUUAAGAACAAAAUUGAUUAUUGUAGAGUUCACGGGAUUGAGAUUGUGUACAAUAUGGCUCAUUUGGAUAUGGAGCUUGCAGGUUACUGGGCAAAAUUGCCGAUGAUCCGGCGAUUGAUGCUUUCGCAUCCAGAAGUGGAGUGGAUUUGGUGGAUGGAUAGUGAUGCUUUGUUUACUGAUAUGGUUUUUGAGAUUCCUUUGAACAAGUACGAGAAUUACAACAUGGUCAUUCAUGGCUACCCCGAUUUGUUCGAUCAGAAAUCAUGGAUUGCACUGAACACUGGGAGUUUUCUAUUCAGGAAUUGCCAAUGGUCUCUGGAUCUGCUUGAUGCUUGGGCUCCAAUGGGUCCCAAGGGCACGAUCAGGGAAGAGGCCGGGAAGAUCUUGACAGCAAAUUUGAAGGGGAGGCCAGCAUUUGAGGCCGAUGAUCAAUCGGCUCUGAUAUAUUUGCUACUUACACAGAAGCAGUGGAUGGAGAAGGUGUUUUUGGAAAAUCAGUACUACUUGCACGGCUACUGGGCGGGAUUGGUGGAUCGAUACGAGGAAAUGCUGGAGAAGUAUCAUCCCGGAUUGGGGGAUGAGAGGUGGCCUUUUGUGACACAUUUUGUUGGUUGCAAGCCCUGUGGAAGCUAUGCUGAUUAUUCAGCUGAGAGGUGCUUGAAAAGCAUGGAGAGGGCUUUCAAUUUUGCAGAUAAUCAGGUGCUUAAGCUGUACGGGUUUAGGCAUAGGGGAUUGUUGAGCCCCAAGAUUAAGAGAAUCAGGAAUGAGACAGUUACUCCAUUGCAGAAUGUAGACCAGUUCGAUAUCCGCCAUCAAGAGCAUGAGAAGAGUGGAUCUCUGAGCUAACAGAGAAACCACACAUCUUCAGUGUGCCAUAAUCCAUAGGUAAUGUAAUUUCCUCGAGUUAAAUUCAAACGUUUGAACUUGAUAACAGUUUACCUUUUAAGUUUUAUUUGUUUUGCUGUCUUUGUGCUGUGAUUGGAAUUGGGAAAAGGAAAAGGGUAGAAUUCUUUUGUUUAGUUAAUUUGUCUUCCAGAGUUGUUUGAGACUUUAAGUAACAAUGAAGAUUCCUAAUCAACUCUUAAAUACAGUGUUUUCCCUGUUCUUUGUUCUCUUA